AUGGCAGCCUCUGCAACUCUUUCCUUGUGCUCUUUGUUCGCAACCCAUUGCAAAAUCUCACAGAACCUUCAAACCCCCUCCGGCAAUGUCAGCUUUCUGUCUCUCUCUUCUUCUUCUUCUUCGCACAAGCUGUCUUCCUCCUCUUCACGACCCACAUUCCCUCUUCUAACCAAGUCGGCGGAAGCUGAAUCUGCUGUGGUCGUCGAGGCCGAGUUUCAACCCUCGGAGUCUGAGGCCAAACCUGAUGAUACGGAGCCUGCGGCUUUGCAGGUGGUUGAAACCCCUUCAUCCCCAAAACGCGAGCAGUUGUUUGGUGUUGUUAUGAUUGGUGGGCGCCAAUACAUUGUUAUACCUGGACGAUAUAUCUAUACUCAGAGGCUGAAAGGCGCUAAUGUCAAUGAUAAGAUUGUUCUGAACAAGGUAUUGCUUGUGGGAACAAAAACAACUACCUACAUUGGAAAACCAGUGGUGACAAAUGCUGCUGUACAUGCUGUAGUUGAAGAGCAAGGACUAAAUGACAAAGUAGUUGUCUUCAAGUAUAAAAAGAAGAAAAAUUAUAGGAGAAACAUUGGUCACCGACAGCCAAAUACACGGAUAAGGAUAACAGGCAUCACUGGCUACCAAGACUAUCCAGCAGUUACCCUCGAGUCGUAA